UUGGGAUGGGAAGCAUUGGAUCGAAUUGCCCUUGGCAUUGCUCGAGGAUUGGAGUAUUUACAUCGCGGGAAGAGAGUAUUGUGUCAAUAAGGUGCGCCAGAGGUACUGCCGGUUACAUUGCUCCAGAAGUAUUCUGUAGAAAUUUUGGAGGGGUCUCACACAAGUCAGAUGUGUAUAGCUACGGGAUGAUGCUCUCGGAGAUGGUUGGAGGAAGAAGGAACAUCAAUGCCGAAGCUGAAGACACAAGUGAAAUAUAUUUUCCACACUGGAUUUACAAGCGUCUGGAACUGGAUGAAGAACUUGGUUUGCCGAGUAUCAUGAAUGAGGAAGACAAAGUAACAGCAAGGAAGAUGGUAAUAGUGAGCCUGUGGUGCAUACAAACAGACCCUUCAAACAGGCCAGCGAUGAAAGAUGUGAUAGAUAUGUUGGAAGGCAGUGUUGAUUGCUUGCAGAUACCACCCAAGCCUUACUUGUCUUCUCCUCCAAAAUACCCCGCAGGUUCUUCUACAGCUACAUUGGUCUCAAUACAAUAGAAUGUCCCCUGUAUUUUACUUGAACACUUCCAUGUUUAUGGAUAAUGAACUGUAUGCUUAUGAAGUUUGCUAGGUGUGGAUCGAACAUGUGGACUAUUUUAUUAGUGUUGCUCAUAGGGCCAGUGACUAGAAUAUAAAUCGGUGAAGUGCCAUUGAGUUUAUCUGUCUUUCUCUGUUUUAAUGGCAGAUAAGAUAGAGUGCUUUGAAUUGAGA